AUGACCUCGGAUUCGACCCUGCUACAUCGCCCGACCGAGUCUCUCAUCCUUCCGACCAAGCGACGGUUCAUCCCCUUCAAAAUCCCCAACUUCCAUACACAGCUCCGUCACUAUAUCAGUACCGCCGAUCCCGAUCGCAUCUAUGUUAUUGUGGAGAGAAUCGUGUACUCCAUCCACAUAUCGGCGCAGAAACGAGAGAGCAUAGCGGUCAUCCCCUUCGAGCCACGAUGUCUAGCCGCUGGAUUCGGUUGGAUUGGCGUGGGUGGCCCAGAGAAUGGCGAGUGCGCGUUUAUCAAGAUUGGUGAUGGAGACAUGCGCGUCCGUGGCGAAACUCCCUCUUUCCAGACCUCCGAUGUGGACAGUGCGCUCCCUCUGCACCUCGAGUCGUCAUCAAGGUUGGCGUCGCCGAGUCAUAUCAGCAGAGAUUCAGCGUCUGGGCGUCGUUUUUCCAGAACAUCCAUGCCCGAGGUCGAGCUGCAUAAAUUUGGAGGAAGUAUUGUCAAUUCAGUGACCAUCCAUCGUUUCCCUGGGGAGCAGGACUUGUCAAGUGAAGAUAUGAUGGUUCUGAGCAACAAUGAUCGGACAAUUACCGUCUAUUCUCUAACGCGUUCGAGAGUUCUCAAGAUCCUGCACCAUCCAACUUGCAUGAACUAUGCGAUCAUAUCCCCGGACUCGACGCUGCUUGCGGCAGUGGGGGACGAGAACCGCGCCUAUUUUUAUGGAAUUACGCGCGACUGGGAGUCGCGCGGGACCACGGAAUCUGGCGAGAAGCUCACGGGAUGGAAAUGGGACCUUGUCCGGUGCGUGGAGAUGGAAAUCGGCUUGCGAGCGGAUGAUGCAUGCUGCUUCACUAUCGCAUUUUCUCCGUCCAGUCACCUGUGUGCCAUCGGCUCACAAUCUGGGAUUGUCACCGUCUUAGACGUUGGGGUCAUUCAAAAACCUGUCGAUGACUCAGAAAACGAAACCCCUCUCCUUUGUCAAUUUCCGGCUUCGAGGUCUUGUUCAGAGGGUGGUGCGGUCCGUUGCAUGACGUUCUCACCUGAGCCAUGGGAUCUGCUGGUGUGGUUGGAGGGCCACGGCAGAGCCGGGGUCGCAGAUAUCCGCCAGGCAUUUUUGCGCAGACAAAUACUUCAUUUGGAGGUCGACGAGCCGCAGUUGGAGGAGGUCCAUACCGAGCCUAUGUUGGAAGAUUAUGAGGACGAACGCUUUGAGGACGAUGUCCUUACACGACGAGCGAGGCUUGAUCCCGAAGAACCCUUGAAUGAGCCAAGUGGAGGGGAUCCGGAGCGCACUUCAUUGCGCGAGACUCUCAUUCAGGACCUCACAGAGAGAGAGAGGCUUAUCAUGGAGUUUUUGAACACUGCGCGUUGGACAUCGCGGUUGGAAGAAGGUUUGACUGAGCGGCCAGAACGGCCAGCGAGACCUCACACUGCCGCUCGAACGCGGCAUCAUGGUUCCACAGAGACCGGGUAUCGAGCUUCCCGCCCUAUCACACCUUUGCAUUUACAUCACGGUGACAGCUCGCGGGAUAUCCACCCAGGCCGGACGGAAACGAACGAUAGUACAUCCAGCACAAUGCGGCCCAGCUCGGUGGUGCUGUCCCACGGCAGCCGGUCCUCUGAAUCGGGCACGCCGAAUAAUGAUCGCCAGCCAAGCAUGACCCUUAGUUGGACAACCUCGCCAUCUGAGAUCAAUUCCACUGCAGAUGACGUUGUUCCUCAAGCGAGUGACCCUGACAUCGUCAGAAAUGUCACUGGACUCCCUCAUGAUGUAACGGGACGAUCUCCACCAAAUCAACCAGUUGAUCCAUUGACGCGCCGGUCUCAACGGUCGAGUUCUACUCCCCGACGCUCUGAGCGAUUGCCAACUGGCACCGAACGGAGAUAUGACCCGUCGCGUCUCACAAACUACGAAAUCCGAGCCAAUGUUGCCGCCGAUCGGCUUCGGCGCCAGCGUCAAAUUGCCAAUGAGGUACAUAACCGUUCCUUUGAACGAGAACAGCGGCAUCGCCAGCAGCUUCUUGGUUUUGAGCAGACGCGCUCGCCCAGGUGGAUCAGAAAUAUUAUCAAUGAUCUCCCCGAUCGGAGCAUUAUUCAGGGCCCCGGGGCUGAGGAACCUGACUCGACUGCUGGGGUUGGCUGGGGUGCCGAUGGGAGAACCUUGUACAUUGCGACCCUGGAAGGUAUCUUCGAGUUCCAGCUUAACGUACAUGACCGGAAAACCUUCCCCGUUUUCUCUUACCGAUGA